AGGUGCGUUGGGGUUGGAGAAGUGUUCUGGCUGAGGAGCCAGCACGAGGUCAGCCCCACACGAGUCAGCACAGCAGUGUGGUGCUGGCUGUUCUGCCCCACCAGCAGGUCGGGGCUGUGCGCAGUGUUUUGCUCUGUGCUCACACUGAACGUACCUGGUGUUGCCUCCAGCAGCCGCCACCGCACCUCCCUGCUGAAGUCCCUGUCAGUUGGAUGUCAGCUCAGGGCUGGUUUGAAAUGUGUUCUCCUCCAAGGAGACUGGGUCUGAGCGUGUUCUGUUGAAUGCUGCAUCCCGCUGCCUUGCCGGUAGGACGAGUCACUAACAGCAGGAGCUGGCACCUUGCUCUCAGCCCAGUCCCUGUGUGAGAGUAAGGUGAAGUCAACAGACCUGUUCCUGUGCUGGAGUCUGAGUCAGUCCUUACAGUCACAGUCCUGGCUGAAGCUGUGACUUGCGCACAGGGCUGGAGGUGAGCGCUCGCCAUUGGGACAGCUCAGUGCUGUUUACUCAGUUCAGUGAAAAAGUCAGGAGGGAAAAUAAAAAAGAAUGUUUGUUCUAGAUUCCAUCAGCUAAAGAGAGAGUUAUGAAAAGCUUUGGGCUGUGUUUAUUUAAACAGUUACCUUUUUGUUUACGGUGUUGUCAGUGACUCCAAAACACUGCAGCUCAGUCCCCACUUUGACAGGAGACCAGCUGGCCCUGUGGCUUGUUUCUCCUCUCCCAGCCUUCUCUUUCCAGCCCAUUCCAUCUUCCAGUUGUUCUCAUAACAAUACUGUCAACUGCUAUUUUUAAUAAUUUGAAUACCACUUUGUGCAAUGCUUUGGUUUUCUCUCUGCACCAGAAAGUCCCUUCUGGAGUGAUGUUAAAUUGCUCCCCGUGGAGUUUGCUUUGCUUUGAAACACUGCUGGUGGUGGUCUUUGGGCUGUUUGACUCUGUUUUCCAACAUUUUUUGUUGUUAAAUGACUUGUUGCACUUCAAAUAUGCAUGUUUCUACUGCAGUAAUGUUGAACUAUUAGCACUGUGGUGGUGUUUCCUUUCAGUCUCAGAUAAAAUAUCCAUCUGGUAGAAGAAGAAAAGGACAGGAAAAGGGAGAUAAACUGGUUGGGUUAUCUGGUUGAUUUGGGUGAAAAUCAGGGUUGGUGUUGGCAGUAACUGAGUGAUUUUUGGUUUUCCUAAAUGAAAACCAAACAGUAGAAAACACUUGCAAAGAAGUCCAUCUUAAGGGACUAAUGUGAAUGAAGCCCUACAGAAUAACCUCUAAUAGUGGUGUGUUCUGAAUCAGAAGAGGCGGUACAAAUAAUAAUGCAGUUGUUAUCUGCUCUCAAACCUUCAGUUCCUCCCCAGCAGCGCCCAGUGCUUGCAGGUGAAGUCCAUCUGCCAGGGUUUCUGUGCAGGCAUUGCCUCCAGCACGCACAGAGCACACACAGGGACACAGACUCACUGACACCGUGUGAGGGAAGUGCCUGGGCAUUUUUCUUAGCAACACCACAAAGGCAGAAACUGCAUCGCAGGUGUAUGUUGUGUGUCGUUCUUUGCCCCAGAUCCAUUUCACUUCCUAUGAUCCGAAGAAGGAUGUAAUGGUGGGCAAAGUCCAUUCUUGAUUUCUGCAUUUGGUUUGCAUGUAUUCAUUUAGCGGCGCUUUCCCUCUGCUUUGCCUCGUGCUUUCUGCAGGCAUCGAUACUUGGACAAGGCAAGCGUGAAGCCAUGCGAGCUAAAUUUAAUAGCAGUUUCCACUUGGUGCUUUCCAGCUGUGCAGAAGCAGCAUGGGAAACAAGGCACUGGAGAAAGAGCUAGACGGGUUAUUUCCAUGUGGACACAGUUACCUCUCCAUAUGGACAAGGAGACGGGGACUGGAGAAGCCCCCAAGUACUCGAGGGCAAUCCCAAAGCCCUGGAUCUGUGUCUUUGAUGUAGCUUUUUUUUCCUUCUUUUUCUUUUUUCCCCCCUAAUUCUCUGAACUGUUUCUCAGUUCCUGCAGGACAGCAGUGUUGCAGGAUGUCAGCUGAGUUUUAAUGGUUGCUGUACAAACAGAGGUGCACAGCAGCCAGAUGCGGAUGCUUCAGUGACAUCCUGGAGGAGAUGCUACCCAGUGCUGUUCAGCCCUGCCCAGUCCCAAGGACCUCGUAGCUGUGAAGUUUUAACACACAGCCUGGUUUAAUCAGGAGUAGCAAUUAAGCAACAAGCAUAACUGUUGCCAGGAGAAGUUAAUGAGUUUUCAGAGGCAAAGUGAUAAAACUGAAAAAGGAAAUGUGCACAGAAGGAGGCAUACGCAUCUCUCUGCAGGUCUGGGGUUUGGUCCAGUUGAGCAGCAGGUCAGCAGUGCCUUUGUGAUGGCUUCUGCGACAAGUUGGUAUCUGCUGACUGUCAGGUCCAGCCUUAAUGCUUACCACAGGUGGCUGAGCAAAGUGGCCCAUCCGUGUGACUCCUGUCAGUUCAGGAAGUGUGCAGAGCUGCAAGGGAGGAUCACUGCCUCAAGACUCUCCCAGGCAUCUGAUCACCUUUCUUUCCUAAAAGCUUUUUUCCUCUUUUCGGCAGCAUUCUGGUCCAGCCCAAGGGUGUGCUCGUUCUGCUCAGCAUUCGUCUUACAAGACAUAAAAUAGUUGUAAAGCCCAUUAAUAGCUGAACACAUCUGUGCUUAGCGUGCCCUUUUGGCAAUAACAACUUUAUUGGGUUUUGUGAGACCUGAGGGGGAAGGAUUAUGGCCUGGUUAAUAUGGCUUACCAGCAGUUUGAAAGGCUGCGCUGUUAGAAGGUAGAUAAGCAAAUGAACUGUCUUUGCAGGAUGCAUCCUCUCUUAUCUGUAUUAAGAUAAGGGAAAUUUGGCUUCCGCCACCAAGCAGUUCUUAUUACAUUUUUAUUUCUGUAAUGCACAGCCCCUCAUCUCCCCUUUCAUUUUUGUUCUGUCUUUGUAGAACUGUGAGCUGACAGGAUGACGUACACAGAAGAGGAAUUCCAUGGCCCACUUACCUGUACGCUCCUGCUCACACUGCUCUGGUUUCAGCAUCUUGUCCUCUUGCAGACAGUGAGGGUGGGGUGUUGGAGCACUUUUUAGGGUGAGGAACCAUUUCAGCUCCCUUGCCUUUCCUUAGUGCUCGCUUUACCUUCAUCAAGGACAGAUCUACACCUAGCAAAUGAAACUUUGCCACAUUUGGCUGUUUCUCAACCAGCUUGAGAUAGACGGAAGUUCAUUCUGUUUUUACCAGCACUUCUUUGAAGAUGUACUGAGUUUGAGACAAGUAUCAUUUUUCUCUAACUUUGGUUGAUGGCAUCUGGAAUCUUUGGCUCAAGGGUCAGCCUUUCACCGCCCUCCGUCUGACCACUUAUUGCUUGAGAACGAUUGCUCUUGAGGUCUGCAGUUGUAUCUCAGGCUAUUGUAGUAACAUUUGCUAGUGUUCAUCCAGGCUCGCAAGGACUUUAACUGCAGUUCUGCGUGUUGAGUCACUUUUUCUGUUAGUCUGUACCAGAGAUAGCCUCAGCAUGCCCUUAGCCAUGAAGCGUUGUUUGUGUUACCCUCCUGUGCCAGUCAUGGACAAUAUUCCCUUAUGUUUGGCACCACGCAAAGAGGAUGAAAGAUGGUUUCUGCUGUAGAGAUCUUGCAAUCUCAAUAAAAGGCAAAAGACAAUAAGUGCAGGGAGAAAAGGACGCAUCAAGACAAUGUCAGCAAAUAAAGAGCUUCUCUUCUCUUCAUGAACGUGUUUAGAGAAGAGCCAAUGUUAUGACUGUCAAAAAAGAAAACUAAUCUUUCCCCCAAGGUAUGAAUAUUUCACAAUGUCUGGAAGAACCCACUUGAUGACUCAGGAGCCGCCCAUCCUUUGAGGAACGCUCCCUGUGGGCCUGACUGCUCUCUUCACUGCAGACAGCACGCUUGCUCUGAGGAGAGAAUGAGUCUGUUGCUUCCUUCCAAGGGCAGCUCCUUUCCAGUAUGCUUUAUUAAAACUGUAAACGAUGUCAGAGCUGCAUUAUUCCUUAGCCGACGUGUGUGGGUAGUGCCUACCAAAACAGGGCCCUCAUUACCAGCCAGGGUUUCUCGUUUCCACUGUGUGUGCCUGAUGGUCUCUUGAAACCUCUGUGGUGUGUGUUCUCCUCCUGGAACAAGGCUGCGGCAAAGACCCAUAGAGCCUAUCACAAUACAAACAAUAACAUCAGGAAUUAAAUAGGCACCAGUGGGGGGAAUUCUUUUGAAUUAAUUUUGCCUCAGAGUAGACGGGGCCGGAGAAAGGUUGUCAGGAUUCAAACGAGCUCUGUCUGCCACGCUGUGUUUUCUUUUCCUGGCUGGAAGGCUCAGGCCCUAUGGCAGCAGAAUGAAUUCCUGCCUGUCCUUUGAGAUGCCUUUACUGUCCAGGCUUCCUCUGGGCUCACCCUGAUGGAAAUGUGAAGCACACAGACUUGCCUCCUUGGUUCCAUCGGUCUGGUUUUCAUAUGCGGAGCUGGUGCUUUAGGCUAGCAGUGCAGCAUGACCUCGGCUGCCUUUAGGAAGAUUCAUCUCCGGCUUCUUUCUAUCCCUGAAGCUGCCUACACACAGCAGCUGCAGCAGUGCGGGAUCCCAUAGGGCUCGUGUAUCUCCGAGCCCCCUCAAAGCUGCUUCUUCCAGAGCUGUUGUUUUCUGCUGCAUGAAGCCAAGGCUAACAGCACCAUGGCAAAUCAUGCCACGCAAGCUCAGGCAAACAGCUUUACUUAAGUGAAGUGGGAAUUUGUAUUCUGGCAGCUAUACUGAUGACUUGGGGCUUGCAGGAGAAAUUGAGCAAAUCUCCAGUGCUGACAAGGCAGAGGAAUUUCUUACAGUUGCACUUUUUUAUAUCUGUAACUAAUACGCAAGGAGCCUUGUAAAUGUCUGAGGGGAGCUGGGGGAAGGGGAGAGCCAGGGAAGGAAGAAAGAAGAACUGCGGUGUUAUGCUGUGACUUAUGACUCAAGCCGUGCAGUCAGCUGCUAGGCCCCCUGUGUGGUGCUCAGGAAUUGUUUCCCUCCUAUCAUUGAUUCACCAGACAAAGGCAUUCUCUGCAUUGCAACACAGAGCCUUUGUGGACCACGUUGGGAUCCUCACAAGCAACGAUGGCUGAAACCCUGAGCCCUGGAGGACUCUACAAUCUAAGCUGGCAGCCAAUGGGGCUGCUCUUGGAUUUGCCCUCGGGAGCGCCUUGCAGUUUGUGUUCUACUUUGUGCUGGGGCCACGUUUCACUUUGAUUCCUCAUGAUUCUUUUUCUGUGUUUUUUUGUUGUUUUUUUUCUUCCCACUUUUCAGUUUGUUCUUAGUCAUCUUGCUGGAUAUUAGUGCUGUACUCAGACUGGUACACUGCACCAUGACCAGCAGGCCUGCAGGAGUGGGAAAGGAGUGCGUGUGUCUGCUUCAUGUGAGGAGCAGCGCAGAUGCUGGAUGACUACAGAUCCAUUUCUGUGUGCUCUGCGUGUCCUGCAGGAGCUCAGCACACCAGUCUGUGAGCAGAGGGAAGCUGGAUAGCUUUGUGUGCAUGCACAAGAAGCCCCAGCUGUGCUCCCCUGACACUUAAAGCAAUCAAAAGCAUCACAUGGAGCAAACUCCUGAUUCUCUCCAGACUCACCUGUUGAGCCAUUUCCUAUGUUCAAGAGCUCUUCUUUGCCAAAUGGUCGGUUUAAAAGCAGAAGAAACCUCAAUUUGUUCAAAUCUACUUGCCAAAGUGUAGUUUCUACCCAGGGAUUUAUGCCAACUGAUUAUAGACUCGUUGGAAUCAUUAAGGUUAGAAAAGACCACUAAGAUCAUCCAGUGCAACUGGCUGGCUCAUGGCCACUGUGCCCACUAAACCAUGUCCCUGAUGUCCUGAUGCUACAUCCAGCCAUAGCUAGGCUGGUACGGAAGAUAUUCUGAGCAUGUAUCCAUCACCACCACCGCUCCCAUGCACACUGGCGUGCACAAUGAGGAGGGCCAUGAAGAUCAUCAGAGGGCUGGAGCACUUCUACAAAGGCAGGAGAAGGGAGCUGGGCUUGUCGAGUCUGGAGAAGGCUCCGGAGAGACCUUUUUGUGCCUUUCCAAUGUUUAAAAGGAGCUUAUAAUCAGGAGAGAGAUCGGCUUUUGACACGGGUACAUAGUGACAGGACGAGGGGGAAUGGUUUUAAACCAAAUGAGUAGAAAUUUAGGUUAGGGAGGAAGAUUUUCACUGGCACAGCAGCCCAUAGAGCUGUGGGAGCCCCAUCCCUGGAGGAGCUCAGGGCCAGGCUGGAUGGUCCCUGGGCAGCCUGAGCUGGUGGGGGGCAGCCCUGCCCAUGGUGUGUGUGUGGGGGGGAGCUGUAACUGGGCUAUCUUUGCAGUCCCAACGGUAUGAUACGGCGAUACCCCGUUACACAGUGGACACACCUCGCUGACGAGCUGACAGCACCACAGCCCGGGAUCGGCGAUCACCCUGCGGAACCCGCCCACCCCGGCCCGCCUCAGCACGUCGCACCGCCCUCCCAAGAUGGCCGCCGCCGCUCUAGCCCAAUUCACCCUCAGCUCUCUGACCCCGUGUGCUCCCUCCCGGCUCCUCCCGGCCCGGCAGGGGUCGCGCUGCCGGCCUGCGAGCCGCUCUAGGAUGGAGAUGGAGCUGCCGCUGGGCUGGGAGUUCGAGGAGGCCGUGUUCUCACAGAGCAGGGAGCGGGGCGCGGGCGGCGGGGCCGGGCCGCCAUACAGCGCCAAGCGCUGCGAGCCCCGGUGGUUCUGCGCUGAGACCAGCAGCGAGGAGGACGCCGAAGUACUGACGGCACAUAAGUUCCGGGCUGACCUGGCCUACAGGGAACGGCAGUUUGAGAAAGCUCUGUGUGAAUACUCAAACUGCUUACAGCGCUUACCUCCCGGUAACAUUGCCAUGAGGCGGGAUGUCCAGGAGGGCCAGGCUCGCUGUUUGUCUCAACUAGGAAGGCACAAGGAAGCUCUGGAUAUUGCAGAAGGAAUGAGGAACGGUGCUACAAACACGGAUCACUUAACGACUGUUCUCAACCUGCAGUUUGCCAUUUAUCGGGAUCUGGAAAACAUAGAAAAGAAGAUGGUGUGUCUGCAGCAGCUGAUCUGCUUACAUCCCUUCAACCCUUGGUACUGGAAGUCACUUGCUGAAGCUUAUAUGGACCUUUUGCAGAGCUUGUCUCCAUUACACAUUCCAGAAGCAAACCUAAAUCAGUCCGAAGAAGUUAGUGAUGGUAGUUUUAAAAUGUCAGCUGGAGGAGAGAUUAAUCUUCACCCUCACAGAUCAGACUGCCAGAGGGAAGGCCCUCAGUCUGGCCCUGAAGCAGAAACAAGGAGUGAGAGCGCAGAAACCUGCAGCAGCAGCCAGGCUGUAACAGAAACACUCCGCACUUCAGACAGUGCUGGAAGGAAGGCUGAAGGGAAACAGGCAGCCUGCGAGUCCUGGGAGCCUGACAUGGCAAAGGAUGUUGGCGUAAAGGCAUGUGCCUCAUUUGUUAGAGCAAGGCUUUUACUUCAGCUUACUCAACUGCAACAGUCAUCCUUUGCUCUCGAGAAUAACAUAAAAUGUCAGAAAGAAAUUGAUGAUAAAGUGGCACAGUUUGGUUUAAAUGAAAACUCCUUGCUGCAGGUGACCAAGGUGAUGGGAGCAGAUCUUGUACCAGAAAAACUAAAAGAGGAAUUUCAGGGUGAGGUAAAAUGCAUAGGCUCUUCAGCACUGUCAUCAUUGGUAACCACAACGGCCUCAGAGUUUGAGAUCAAAUGGUUUGAUAUUCUCCGAGAUGAUUUACGCCACUUGGAUGGGCAGUUCUCUCCAGAUAUACACAUCCCACCUCUGGCAACGUAGGGCUGUUGCACUUACUGUCAUGGCUUCAGAGGUUUAUGGAAUGAUGCAUGCAGAAAGUUCAUGCUGUAUUUUUUAUGUUUCCUUAUGGGAUGUAUUUCAAGAAAGUAAAGGUCUGCAUUUGAAA